CGGUGGCGCCCAACGAUGACCGCUCCCUGGCGGCGCCUCCGGAGUCUGGUUUGGGAAUACUGGGCCGGGUUCCUCGUGUGCGCCUUCUGGAUCCCAGACUCGCGCGGGAUGCCCCACGUCAUCCGGAUCGGAGGAAUCUUUGAGUAUGCGGAUGGCCCCAACGCCCAGGUCAUGAACGCUGAAGAGCAUGCCUUUCGAUUUUCUGCCAACAUCAUCAACAGAAACAGGACUCUGCUGCCCAACACGACCCUGACUUACGACAUUCAGAGGAUUCACUUCCAUGACAGUUUUGAGGCCACCAAGAAGGCCUGUGACCAGUUGGCGCUGGGUGUUGUAGCCAUCUUUGGGCCAUCGCAGGGCUCCUGCACCAAUGCUGUCCAGUCCAUCUGCAACGCCUUGGAGGUUCCCCACAUCCAACUGCGCUGGAAGCACCACCCGCUGGACAACAAGGACACCUUCUACGUGAACCUCUACCCUGACUACGCCUCUCUCAGCCACGCCAUCCUCGACUUGGUCCAGUCCCUCAAGUGGCGGUCAGCCACCGUGGUCUAUGAUGACAGUACAGGUCUCAUCCGUCUGCAGGAACUCAUCAUGGCCCCUUCGAGGUACAACAUUCGCCUGAAGAUUCGCCAGCUUCCGAUCGACUCAGAUGACUCCCGCCCCUUGCUCAAAGAGAUGAAGCGGGGCCGGGAGUUCCGGAUCAUCUUCGACUGCAGCCACACCAUGGCAGCCCAGAUCCUCAAGCAGGCCAUGGCCAUGGGCAUGAUGACGGAAUACUACCACUUCAUCUUCACCACUCUGGAUCUCUACGCACUAGACCUGGAGCCCUACCGAUACUCGGGAGUGAACCUGACUGGGUUCCGCAUACUCAACGUGGACAACCCCCAUGUCUCAGCCAUUGUGGAGAAGUGGGCCAUGGAGCGGCUGCAGGCAGCUCCCCGGGCAGAGUCAGGCCUUCUGGAUGGUGUGAUGAUGACGGAUGCAGCCCUGCUCUAUGACGCAGUCCACAUUGUGUCUGUGUGCUACCAGCGAGCGCCACAGAUGACCGUGAACUCCCUGCAGUGCCAUCGGCACAAGGCCUGGCGCUUUGGUGGCCGCUUCAUGAACUUCAUCAAGGAGGCUCAAUGGGAAGGAUUAACUGGACGGAUUGUGUUCAACAAAACCAGUGGCUUGCGGACUGAUUUUGAUCUGGACAUCAUCAGCCUGAAGGAGGAUGGCCUCGAGAAGGUUGGAGUGUGGAGUCCAGCUGACGGUCUCAAUAUCACUGAGGUUGCCAAAGGCCGAGGUCCUAAUGUCACUGACUCUCUGACCAAUAGGUCACUCAUUGUCACCACUGUGCUGGAGGAGCCUUUUGUCAUGUUCCGCAAGUCUGAUAGGACCCUUUAUGGCAAUGACCGAUUCGAGGGCUACUGCAUCGACUUGCUUAAGGAGCUGGCACACAUCCUGGGCUUCUCCUACGAGAUCCGGCUGGUGGAAGAUGGCAAGUACGGGGCCCAGGACGACAAGGGCCAGUGGAACGGCAUGGUCAAGGAACUCAUUGACCACAAAGCAGAUCUGGCUGUGGCUCCCCUGACCAUCACCCAUGUCCGAGAGAAGGCCAUUGACUUCUCUAAGCCUUUUAUGACCCUUGGAGUGAGCAUCUUAUACCGCAAGCCCAAUGGCACCAACCCCAGUGUCUUCUCCUUCCUCAACCCCCUGUCCCCGGACAUCUGGAUGUACGUGCUCCUUGCCUACCUGGGUGUCAGCUGUGUCCUCUUCGUCAUCGCCAGAUUCAGCCCUUACGAGUGGUAUGAUGCUCACCCCUGCAACCCCGGCUCGGAGGUGGUGGAGAAUAACUUCACACUGCUCAACAGCUUCUGGUUUGGAAUGGGCUCCCUGAUGCAGCAAGGAUCUGAACUGAUGCCCAAGGCUCUGUCUACCCGCAUCAUUGGCGGCAUCUGGUGGUUCUUCACCCUCAUUAUCAUCUCCUCCUACACGGCCAACCUGGCUGCCUUCCUGACUGUGGAGCGGAUGGAGUCACCCAUCGACUCCGCUGAUGACCUGGCCAAGCAGACCAAAAUAGAGUACGGUGCUGUCAAGGACGGGGCCACCAUGACCUUCUUCAAGAAAUCCAAGAUUUCCACCUUUGAGAAGAUGUGGGCCUUCAUGAGCAGCAAGCCCUCCGCUCUGGUGAAGAACAACGAGGAGGGCAUCCAGCGGACGCUCACAGCCGACUACGCCCUGCUCAUGGAGUCCACUACCAUAGAGUACAUCACACAGAGGAACUGCAACCUCACCCAGAUCGGUGGCCUCAUCGAUUCCAAGGGCUACGGCAUCGGCACGCCCAUGGGCUCCCCCUACCGGGACAAAAUCACCAUCGCCAUUCUGCAGCUACAGGAGGAGGACAAACUGCACAUCAUGAAGGAGAAGUGGUGGCGCGGCAGUGGGUGCCCCGAGGAGGAGAACAAGGAGGCCAGCGCCCUGGGCAUCCAGAAGAUCGGCGGCAUCUUCAUCGUCCUGGCCGCUGGCUUGGUCCUAUCCGUGUUGGUGGCGGUGGGCGAGUUCAUAUACAAACUCCGCAAGACAGCGGAGCGGGAGCAGCGCUCCUUCUGCAGCACAGUGGCCGACGAGAUCCGCUUCUCCCUCACCUGCCAACGGCGUCUCAAGCACAAGCCCCAGCCUCCUAUGAUGGUCAAGACGGAUGCGGUUAUCAACAUGCACACCUUUAAUGACCGAAGGCUUCCAGGCAAGGACAGCAUGAGCUGCAGCACCUCGCUAGCCCCUGUCUUCCCCUAGACAUGGGUCCAGCGGGGACUUCAGGCCCAGUCCACGCAGAGGAAGGCAAAGGAGACCCGAAAGGACGGACAUCCUCAUCUUGUGCUGGCCUUGGGGAUGGAGCUGCUGGCCGCAUCCAGCUGUGAACCAUCAGCUCUUAACCUACCGGGAAACCCACACGGGCCCUCGGCCGGCUGCUCGGGCUUCAUCUCCUCUUGUCUUGUCUAUGGCUUUCUGAAGCUGUGAAGGCCAGCGGAAGCACAUGCCUCUCAGGCUCCAUCACCGACCAUCUCUCUUCUCCUCCAUAGCCAGGUAUUUCUGCCAGGCCCCUGCCGAGGCCGCAGAACAUGGAAGAUGGCUCUAAAGCUCCCCUCAUUCCCCUCAAGCCCAGGCCUUCUAGCACGCAGCCACGAGAGCAGAGACUCCAACUCGGGACACCUUAUGGGUGUUUGGAUGAGGCUGCCAGUGGGAGCUCAAAAGCAGCCAUCCAUCCCUGGACCGAAGCAACGCUUAGGCCUUAAGGGCUAUUCACCUGGGUCUGCUCAUCUCAAUAUGGCUUCACCAACAGCAGCAGCCCCUUGGCAACAUGAAAAGCGGUGUGGAUAGGAGGUGUUCGGUACGGGAGAAGGAAACACAGAUGGAGACUGUGAUCUCAGAUGCUUCUGGUCAGUGUCCUGAGCCACAAGCGUCUCGAGAGUCCCCAGGAAUGCGAACGAGGUCGUCGUCACAGCAGAUUCUUCUCCACGGCUGCACAGAGCAGAGAAGGUGCCCUCCCUCACAAGGAACGUCCAAAGACUCAGUUGACAUUGGUAGGCCAGCAGAAAGAAAUAUGGACUCUAUGAAAAUCCCACAGGCCCUUCAACCAAUAGACCAACUUUGCUGGCAAACAAGCCAGCAGUCGGGACCCUGGGUUCUCUACCAUCUACUCAUUGGCAAUUUCCUGUCCCUGACCAUUUGAAUUUGGCCUCCCUCUGUCAUCCUGAGAAGAGAAGAGCGGUCUCAGCUGAAGCGCAAGCCAAGUCAACAACUCCUCAGAAGAGGAAUUGUUGUCCCCACUGCACAGACUAACUUUGGGGUAGGUGGGAGAAGCCAGAGGGGACCCAAAGAACUUUCUGGGUACACCCAACCUAAUGAGCCCCCUAAAGAAAGAAAGCUUUCAGUGACAGGAUAUAAGACCUCCAGAGGCCCCCAGAGUAAGAAGGGAGUAGCUGCCUCCUGGAAGAUUAACCAAAGACCCAACACAGAGACACAAGGCCAUUUUGGCCCCUGAUCUCUUUUCUGGAGCAGCUAUGGUCUUAGGGGAUUAGGGGAUUGAAGGGAGACCCCAGAGGAGAAACCAGAGAAGGUGACAGCCAAAGGGAUGAGCAGGUGACCUGUGGUUCCAUCUCUGGAGGUUUGAAACCAUCAUGGUCAUUGGAAAGGAUCAGAUGUGAGGGGUUAGGCAAAAAGUGUCCUUACAGAGAGCAUGACAGGGCCAUAGGGGCCCCCACAGCUGGAUGGAUGUUGGUCUCUGAUCAGGGACCAGGGUGAGCAAUAUGGGUUGAAAACUGAGAACUGGGGGACACCAGUCACCCACAAUCCCUCACUUUUCUGGUGCUGCUGGAAGGGGCAGGCUUGGAUGAGCUACAUCUAGAGCUUAAGUCUUCUCAGCAGAGGUGAAGGAACCCCUUCAGCCAACGGGGCGGCCCCCAUGAUGGGCACAUGUGAUCACUCCCACCAUGCUGGUUCUCAGGAGCUCUGGCUGGCUGGCUGCACUGGGGGAGGGAGGAAAGGGGAGACUCGCAGCCAAGCCCAGUGCACACAAUGAUAGGAGAAGCCGUGCUGGCCAGGGAGAGUAGAGCACACAUGUCUGUGUGUUUGACUUUCUGUGUGUGAGUUCCAGCAGCUGGUGAUGAAGGACAGAUAUGGGUAACACAGCCCGAGCAGGCAGGAAUAGGGGCCUCCUUUAGGACGUGUGUGUGUGUAUGUGUGUGUGUGUGUGUGUGUGUGUGUGUGUGAAAUGGGGAGCAAAGAGCUCAAUCAGGACCGGUAACAGAGUCUCAUCUAUGUAAAAACAGGAGAAGCCAUGUGGAGAUGGGGCUCUGGUGAGUGUAUAAUGGAUGCAAGCGUGAAUAAAUGUGUGUGUGUGUAUGUGUGUGUGUGUGUGUGUGUACUGAAUGGCAGAGGGUAGGGACUAGGAAACAGCCUGAAGUAUAGCCAAAUACUUGUAAAAGGAGAAGCCAUGUCAUCAGAGAUCCUUGUGUGAGUGCGUGUACAUCCACACUCGUGUGCAUCCACAUUUGUGUGCAGGCUUGUGUGCCCUGAAGACAGCACGGGAGGGCAGACCAGACUGCUGUGCCCAUUGGGUGGGUAUGUGCUAUACAGGAGGAGUCGUAAAAAUGGAGUGAGUGAGUGAGUAAGUGUGUGUGUGUGUGUGUGUGUGUGUGUGUGUGUGUGUAUACUCAUACCCAUGUAUGUGCAGACAUGUACCUAAAUUCCAAUUCAAAUCCUGCAUUGAGGCAGCAGAGCAGUUAGUACGGCAGGGUACCAGGGUGUGUCUGCAUGCCUGCUAUGGGAGGGAUCACUGGCCACAGCUUUCCUGAGGCUCCAUGGGAAAAUGCACAGGGAGACACCUUCUGGGGCUCACCUUCUGGGGUGAUGCCUUCUCCUUUGCUGUUCAUAGAGUGUCCUGUUGAGAGGGGAAACAUUCUUCUUCCUUCCUUCCUUCCUUCCUUCCUUCCUCCCUUCCUUCCUUCCUUCCUUCCUUAAAUCACCCCUACUGACAGGAUCCUCAUGAAACCAUUGUCCACUCCGUUCUCAUCUGCUGUAGUCUUUAACCGCUGUCUUCUGUUGUCCAAUACCAUUUUAUAACACACACCCACCUCUGUGUUCAUAUCACACAUGUGCUUUUGUGCAUGACACUGCAGACGUGUCAUGUUCUUUCGAGGCUAUGCACAUAUGUAGACUGUGAUGGGAGAAGG